CGAUCUCUGUUCGUAACAUAAAGGAAGUGUCAUGAAGAAGAGGGAAGAAAAGCCCUCCCCUUAUACCAAACCACUGGAUGGAGGAUGGGGAUGGAUGGUUGUGCUUCAUUUUUUCCUGGUGAAUGUGUUUGUGAUGGGAAUGACCAAGACAUUUGCAAUUUUCUUUGUGGUUUUUCAAGAAGAGUUUGAAGGCACUUCAGAGCAAAUUGGUUGGAUUGGAUCUAUUAUGUCAUCACUCCGUUUUUCUGCAGGUCCCCUGGCUGCUAUUAUUUGUGACAUAUUUGGAGAAAGAACUACCUCCAUUCUUGGGACUUUCCUUGUUUCUGGUGGCUAUCUCAUCAGCAGCUGGGCCACAGGCAUUCCCUUUCUUUGUGUGACCAUGGGACUGCUACCUGGUUUGGGGUCUGCUUUCUUGUACCAAGUAGCUGCUGUGGUAAUUACCAAAUAUUUCAAAAAACGAUUGGGUCUUUCUACAGCAAUUGCCCGUUCAGGGAUGGGACUGACAUUUUUGUUGGCGCCCUUUACAAAACUCCUGAUAGAUCUUUAUGACUGGACAGGUGCUCUUAUAUUAUUUGGAGCUAUUGCAUUGAAUCUGGUGCCUUCCAGCAUGCUCCUAAGACCUGUCCACAUCCAAUCAGACAGCAAUUCUGAUAUUAAAAACAAAGGUAGCAUUUUGUCUGCAACUGGACCAGAGUUAUCACACAAGACAGAAACAUCAAACUGCAAUAAGGCACGAGAGUCUCUCAUCAAAGACAGUGCUGUGAAGAAAUCUGGACAACCUACAACUUUAACUGUCUUAGAAAAUCAAAUCGAAGAGAUCAGCACUAGGCCUCAUAGGAACAGGCCGUUACUUAUGAGCAAUGACAAAACUUACAAGAAAAAGUUUGUUUCAUGGAACUGCAAAGAAAAACUUCUAGAUAUUUCUCUCUUUAGAAAUCCUUUCUUCUACAUAUUUACCUGGUCUUUUCUCCUGAGUCAACUAGCAUAUUUCAUUCCUACCUUUCAUCUGGUAGCCAGAGCAAAAACACUUGGAAUCGACAUAAUGGAUGCCUCCUACCUUGUGUCUGUAGCUGGUAUCACUGAGACAGUCAGUCAGCUCAUUUCUGGAUGGAUUGCAGAUCAGAAUUGGAUCAAGAAGUAUCAAUACCACAAGGCUUACCUCAUCCUGUGUGGUGUAACUAACCUGCUUGCUCCUUUAGCCACCACGUUCCCACUCCUUAUGGCCUAUACCAUCUUUUUUGCCAUUUUUGCUGGUGGCUACCUGGCACUAAUACUGCCAGUAUUGGUUGACCUAUCUAAGAAUUCUAGAGUACACAGGUUUUUGGGAUAUGCCAGUUUCUUUGCUGGGAUGGCUGUUCUUUCUGGACCACCAAUAGCAGGCUGGAUAUACGAUUAUACACAGACAUACGUGGGCUCUUUCUAUUUCUCUGGCACCUGCUAUAUCCUCUCUUCAGUUUCCCUUUUUUUUGUACCACUGGCUGAAAGAUGGAAACUCAAGCAGUCUGACCUUCUAAGGACUACAAUCAAGUAAGAGCCUAACAAAAAAAUAAUCUAAAUAAGCUACUGUAAGUAAAAGCUUAGAAGAAAAAAACUUUGUUAAGAAAGUAAACCAUAUAAUUUUUAAGAUUCCUUCCUACUUUAUUAGCACUGCCAGGAAUGUCCAAUUGGUGGAAGGAGUAAUAAACGAGUAACAACUUAAACUGUUAGUAUUUAAUCAAAUAAGCUAAAAAUUAAAUCCAUUGAAGCAGCUACUUUACUAUUAAAUCA